AUGGAACAUAACGCGACGCUGCAUCUAGCCCCAGAUGGAUCGAAAUCUUUGGUUGGGCGGAAGCGCAUCCAUGAGGAUACCUCUCCUGUAGGCGAAGACACACGCCGUGAUACCUCUGCUACUGUUUCGAAGAAACCAAGGGCGAAAAAACGAGUUGCUCCAAAAAGCGAGGGCCGGAAGGACGACUCAGAGAACUCUAUCCCAUCCAAUAUUGCUUGGAGUGAUACUUUUCGUGACCUUGAAAAGGCUCAUAAAGCAUUGAAUCUGGUCUAUACAUUUUGCUCUUCGCGCAAACAUGUCAUCACGACAUUUGAUACCCUUAAAUCAGCCGUUGAAUGCCACAUAAAAAGAACCCUAUCUAUUGCGGAUGUAGCUCAAAUGGUUGCCCUUCGCCCAGAAGCCAUGAAGUUCGAAUACACCAAUGAACUCAUGCUGCAACUCAACACCAGGGGCGCUCAAAGGGACGACGUCUUCAAGUCGUCGCAGUCUGCAAUGUCGCAAGCGCCAGCACACGAUUCGUCUGUCGGUGGGCUGACGGGAAACGAACGUCUUGGCGACGAUACCAACGAUCAAGUUACUUCGCAUGAGCAAGAAGUGUUAUACUUGGAAUUCACCGAUGCUGAUUUGAAGCGACAAGUGUUAGAUAGAGAGACGGGUGAAGCGACACGGCCGACCACCAAACUAAGAAAUGAGAAACUGAAAAUGCCAGUAUAUGGUCAAAAGCAGAUGAUGCAGUUAAUCGAACGACGCAACCAAAAGUUUGCGGAUUCUAUCAAUGAAUUUCUCAAGAGCUGUAUCAACGACGUUGUUGAUCCAGAGGAGGCUUUACGUCAAAAGGCUGAGGCCUAUAUUCCCAAGCCGGCGUUGAAAGAUAUUGAUGCAAACAAGCUCAAUGAAAGUGCCAUACCUGAUGCCAUCCCUCAUGAAAGGGGGAGUAUAUCAGAAAUAGUGCUUCAAAUCAAACAAAGCCCGUGGUACUCAGGCCAGAUUGUACCUGAUGGCCAUAGAGUAUUUGAACCCCAGAGUCCCAGCUAUGGAAGUCUCAAUUUUUUGCUGUCUCAAGAUCUAGUGAACGCCCUCUAUAAUGCUAAACGAAUCACUCAAUUUUACACGCAUCAAGCCGAGGCUCUGAAUAGUCUUUACGAGGGGCAGAACAUCGUUAUAUCGACCUCAACCAGCUCUGGGAAGUCAUUGGUCUACCAACUGCCAGUCUUACACGCCCUAGAACGGGACAGAAGCUCAAGAGCCAUGUAUAUAUUCCCAACCAAAGCACUUGCGCAGGAUCAAAAACGCAGUCUCAGCGAUCUUUUGGCAUUCAUGCCAAAUCUUAACGAUGUUCUUGUUGAUACUUUUGAUGGAGAUACCCCCAUGAGCCUUAGGGAAACUAUUCGGGAUGAGGCAAAAAUCAUUUUCACCAAUCCAGAUAUGCUUCACCUCACGAUAUUGCCUCAGGAGCAGAGGUGGAGGACUUUUCUUAAACAUUUGAGAUUUGUAGUUGUUGACGAACUACACUACUACAAUGGUCAACUCGGAUCUCAUGUUGCGUUUAUCAUGCGAAGACUAAGAAGGAUAUGCGAGGCAGUGGGAAAUCGACACGUUCAGUUCAUUUCUUGCUCCGCUACUGUAGCCAACCCCGAAGAGCAUUUCAAACUGAUAUUUGGAGUUUCGAAUGUUCGUCUAAUUGACUAUGAUGGGUCUCCAUCUGGGCGAAAGGAGUUUCUUUGCUGGAACACUCCUUUUAGAGAGCCCGGCGACCCCACCAGCGGACGAGGAAACGCCAAAUUCGAAUGCGCUCGUAUAUUCUGCGCUCUCCUACUAAGAGGUGUCAGGAUUAUUGCCUUCUGUAGGGUUCGUGCCCAAUGUGAAGUCUUGACCAGUGCAAUCAAGCAAGAGCUGCGCGAACUCGGUCGCCCAGAAUGCACCAACUUGGUAAUGGGUUAUCGUGGUGGCUAUACGGCCCGAGACCGGCGGAAAAUCGAAGCGGAGAUGUUUGAGGGAAAGUUGCUGGGCAUUGUUGCAACCACGGCGCUGGAACUCGGUAUUGAUAUUGGCACUCUGGAUUGCGUUCUGACUUGGGGCUUUCCUUAUACUAUUGCAAACUUACGACAACAGAGUGGUCGAGCUGGGCGGCGCACCAAAGACUCGUUAUCCAUCCUAGUUGGAGAUAGCUUUCCAACGGAUCAGCAUUAUAUGAACAAUCCCGAUGAGCUCUUUUCAAAGCCCAAUUGCGAAUUGCGCGUGGAUUUGAAAGAUAUUCUUGUUCGCGAAGGUCAUAUACAAUGCGCGGCAUAUGAGAUGCCCAUUCGACAAAACGAGGACGUGCAAUAUUUUGGGAACGAUUUGCCUAAGAUCUGUCUCGAACGGUUGGUGGAAGAUGAAGUAGGGUACUUUCACUGCCAUGACCGCUUCCGUCCCAACCCCGCCCAGUAUGUCGCCAUUCGGGAUACAGAAGAUGAGCACUAUGCCAUCAUUGAUAUAACAAACGAGAAGAACGAAGUCUUGGAAGAACUAGAGGCAUCGAGAGCGACGUUCACUAUAUACGACGGUGCCAUAUUCCUCCACCAAGGCAACACAUAUCUCAUUCGAGAUUUCUUGCCAGACCAAAAGAUGGCUAAGGUUGAAAGAGUUCAUGUUGAGUGGACGACCAUGCCACGAGAUUACACCGACAUCGAUCCUAUUGAAAUCGAGGCUAUUCGUGCUAUAUCCGGAUCACCCUGUCAUGCCUACUACGGAAGCAUAAAGAUUCAGCAAACGGUGUUUGGUUUCUUCAAAGUAGAUAAGAAGGGACGAAUCAUAGAUGCAGUACAUGUCGAUAACCCGCCUGUCAUACGAUACAGCAAAGGCAUGUGGAUAGAUAUACCUCGACAAGUACUUGAGAUACUACAGGAUCUGGCUCUAAAUGCGGCUGCAGCGAUACAUGCAGCUGAGCAUGUCAUUAUGAGUUUACUGCCCGCAUUCGUUAUCAGUCUUCCAGGAGACGUACGGACAGAAUGCAAAGUAGCUCUUAAGGAAUUUGCCACGAAAGAAACAAAAAGGAAGCGACCAGCCCGAUUAACAUUCUACGAUGCCAAAGGAGGCAUAAAUGGAUCUGGUGUUAGCACAAAGGCUUUUGAUCACAUUGAUCAUCUACUAGAGCGAGCAUUAAAAAGGGUAGAAGAAUGUUCCUGCCAGCAAGGUUGCGUUGAAUGCGUGGCAUCCGAGAUAUGCAAAUAUUCCAACGAAGUCAUAAGUAAAGUUGGAUGUCUUAUUAUUCUUCGGAGCCUGCUAGGAGCAGAUAUAAGACUAAAUAACUUACAGCUGGAUUAUAACAGUAGGCUCUCUAGUACUGAUAUAAUAACUGUUACAGUACCAGUUCCUGUAAAAUUAAAACAAUAA